UACCCUUCCAUGACUAUCUUUGACAUUGUGAAGACUAAAAUUCUCCGAUUCUCCUUUUUUUAGUUCUAGUUGUAGAGGAUCACAUCAUACAAUUACAUCCAUGUUAACUGCAUAGAUAUCCCCUAAUCGGAGCCAGGUUCAACAUACUGGAGCAGUGAAUGACUAAAGAUUGAUAAUUAUUCAGACAAUAUCAAUUGAUCUUGGGGUUUGGAGGAGAGAUUUUUAGUUGAACUGUAAAUCAAAGAGAAGCUAUGGCGGAUGAUCCUCAGCGUAUCAAGAAAAUAGCCGCAACUGCAUAUGCAUACGACAGUGACUCACGAUGGGCAGAUUACUGGUCAAAUAUUCUCAUGCCGCCUCACAUGGCCUCCCGCCCUGAUGUCAUCAAGCACUACAAGCAAAAAUUUUAUCAGCGCUACAUUGAUUCUGAGCUUGAGGUAGAGCCACUUUCGUCAACUUCCUCUGCACAAACAUCGACAAGGUCAUCUGCACCACCACCAGAACCAAAUCAGUCAGCCAAUUCAGGAAGUCGAGAUCAACCUGCAGGAAGAAGUGCAGGGUCUUCUGGACAAGCAAGCGCGCGGAAUAAUUCCUUGAGGCUUGAUCGAAAUUCUAUUCAGUUUUUGACUAAUGCUUGGGUUGUGAUCAUGGCAGCAAUGGCAAUAUUUCCCCUUGCUCCUCGGAGUCUGUUGGAUCGGGCCUACCGAUUUGCCAUACUGGGCACUGGAUUCUCAUGCGCAUAUUCCAUAUAUUCCAUAUAUGGGAGGCCAAGGGCAUGGAGCCUGCAAGCUAUUCAAAUUUGGCUUCAAUCCCUUAUUGCAACAAAGGAUUUCCUUUAUCUUCUAUAUUGCUUUUCCUUUAUUUCUUCCACUAUGCCUAUUAAGUUUGCAUUGGUGCCAGUCUUAUGUCGGUCACUUGAGUUCGUUGCGAAAUAUUUAAGACGCAACUUCAGCAGUGCUCGUCUUUACAGAAAAUAUUUGGAGAAUCUCUGUUUGUGGAUUGAUACCAACAGUGCCACACUAAACAUUUUGAGUUCUAACGUGGAGAUUGGGCUAGGAUUUUUAGUGAUAAUUUUACUUUUUACACGGCAGCGAAACAUAGUACUGGCAUUUAUGUAUUGGCAGUUGCUGAAGCUCAUGUAUCAUGCGCCUAAUACUGCUUCCUACCAUCGGAAUGUCUGGGCUAAAAUUGGGAUGAAUGCAAACCCGUAUAUAAAUCGUUAUGCUCCAUUUCUACAAACUCCAAUUUCUUAUGUCCAAAGAUGGUUACAGAAUUGAUAUUUAGAACUGUAACCUUCAGUCUGUUUACUUGAUGGUUGCCCCGUGCAAAUUGAUGUUUGGAGCACAUUUGUGACACCACAGUUUUGUGGGGCUUUGAAAUUGUUUGGCUCAGUUAUUAGGGGAGGAAAAUAAUUGUCAGGAAAUUGUGCCCGGUAAGAUUUUUGGGCGUUGAGGCUAUUUAUUAUGUUUCUAUUUUAACAAAAUGAGGUAGAGCAUGUAGCCCAUAUGUACUAGAACAUGUAUAAUUGGGUUUAGCACUCUUGCAGUUCACAGUUUUUAUUUUACUUUUUUGGUAUGAUUCCUUAUUUAUGGCUUAGCAAGACGUUCGAGAUAUUCAAACACAUCGAUUCUGUAAAAGAGGGGAAAAUAGCACUGAAAGCACACUUUUAUUGACUGAGCAGUUAAAAAUGGGUAAGAAUACCUUUGUUUUA